GAGUACUCAUUUCUUCAACAAACAUUUAGAAAGGUGUCAUAAUGGAUGUAUUGGAGAGACUAUGCAUCAAGCACAGUUCUAGGUGUUUGGGGAAGUCAAGAAGCCAAAUACAGUCAAGGACCCCGCUCUCAUGAACUUAACAUUCUAGGGAGGCAAGAACACAACAAAUAACACAAGCUCCAAUAGUGGUGAGUGCUAUAAUGAGUUGAAGGAGGGCAUGGGAUAGAGAAUCAAAUGUAAUUGCGAUUUUGGAUUGUGAAUUUCAAGUUAUUAUAACUAGGCUCAAACACAUCUUUAUUAAUCAAAAUAGGAACCAUUGACAAUCGACAUAUUUUUGCCAAUGAGAAAUAAGUUUACUUUUUCCUGCAGCAUUAAAAUCCAUGAUUCAGGGUUCAACAAACUCUUGGAAAGCAUUUUCUUCAUCCUGCUGGUUGUGGAAGCAUUUUCCCUGCAAAAUGUUGUCAAGAUGCUUGAAGAAGUGGUAGUCGGUUGGCAAGAGGUCAGGUGAAUAUGGCAGAUGAAGCAAAACUUUGUAGCCCAAUUCAUUCAACUUUUGAAGUGUUGGUUGUGUGACAAGGAGCUGGGCAUUGUCAUGGAGAAGAAUUGGGCCCUUUUUGUUGAUGAAUGCUGGCUGCAGGCAUUGCAGUUUUUGGUGCAUCUCAUGAAUUUGCUGAGCAUACUUCUCAGAUGUAAUGGUUUCGCUGAGAUUCAGAAAGCUGUAGUGUAUCAGAGUGGCAGCAGACCACCAAACAGUGACCAUGACAAUUUUUUGGUGCAAGUUUGGCUUUGGGAAGUGCUUUGGAGCUUCUUCUAGGUCCAACCACUGAGCUGAUUGUCACCAGUUGUCAUAUAAAAUCCACUUUUCUUUGCACGCCACAAUCCGAUCAAGAAAUGGUUUGUUGUUGUUGCGUAGAAUAAGAGAAGACCACGCUUCAAAAACAACUAUUCUUUUUUCUGCUCAGCUCAUGAGGGAUGCACUUAUCGAGUUUUUCACCUUUCUAAUUUGCUUCAAAUGCUGAACAACACAGAAUGGUCAACGUUGAGUUCUUCAGCAACUUCUUGUGUAGUUGAAAAAUAAUCAGCUUGGAUGAUUCCUCUCAAUUGGUCAUUGUCAACUUCUGACGGCCAGCCACUACACUCUUCAUCUUCAAGGCUCUUGUCUCCUUUGCAAAACUUCUUGAACCACUACUGUACUGUAUGUCCAUUAGCAGUUUCUGGGCCAAACUUGCUAUUGAUGUUGUAAGUUGUCUGCACUGCUUUAUGACCCAUUUUGAACUUGAGUAAGAAAAUCGCUUGAAUUUGCCCUUGUGUAACAUCACUUCCACGGUCUAAAAUAAAUAUAAAAUAAACAGCAAGUAAUAAGUUAUUAGCAAAAAACAUCAAGUGAGAAGUGUGCAUUAAAAUGAUGUAUAACAUAGCCACAUUUACUUAAGAAUGUAUUCUGAUAUCAAAUGGCAAAUUUCAACAACGCAAAAGCCCCACUUACUUUCACAUCAACCCAAUAUUUUAGAGAGGUUAAAGGAGCCAUCUCAGAAAAGUGACAUUGGGGUAGAGAUCUGAAUGACAUGAAGAAGUAAUUCACUGGGAUAUUUGCAGCAGAGCUCUCCAGAAACAGAGAACAAGUGGAAAACCUGCAAGGCUGGAUCCAAACCCUCCGCAAGUAGGAGCUGAGGAGUGGGGAGGUUGACAGUAGCUUCUAAGAUGUCCCAGCAACACACACUGCCAGUGACCCUCUCCCCUGCCCUCAGUCAGGAGCUCCUCAAGACUGUUCCUCCUCCAGUCAAUAUCCAGCAGGAGCAAAUGAAACAGCCAACUCCACUGCCUCCCCCAUGCCAGAAGAUGCCUGUCGAGCUCCCAGUGGAGGUCCCAUCAAAGCAAGAGGAAAAGCACAUGACUGCUGUAAAGGGACUGCCUGAGCAAGAAUGUGAGCAACAGCAGCAGGAGCCACAGGAGCAGGAGCUGCAGCAACAGCACUGGGAACAGCAUGAGGAAUAUCAGAAAGCAGAAAACCCAGAGCAGCAGCUUAAGCAGGAGAAAGCACAAAGGGAUCCGCAGCUAAACAAACAGCUGGAAGAAGAGAAGAAGCUCUUAGACCAGCAACUGGAUCAAGAGCUAGUCAAGAGAGAUGAGCAACUGGGAAUGAAGAAAGAGCAACUGUUGGAGCUCCCAGAGCAGCAGGAGGGGCACCUGAAGCACCUAGAGCAGCGGGAGGGACAGCUGGAGCUCCCAGAGCAGCAGGAGGGACAGCUGAAGCACCUGGAGCAGCAGAAGGGGCAGCUGGAGCUCCCAGAGCAGCAGGAGGGGCAGCUGGAGCUCCCAGAGCAGCAGGAGGGACAGCUGAAGCACCUGGAGCAGCAGGAGGGUCAGCUGAAGCAUCUGGAGCACCAGGAGGGGCAGCUGGAGGUCCCAGAGGAGCAGGUGGGGCAGCUGAAGUACCUGGAACAGCAGGAGGGGCAGCUGAAGCACCUGGAUCAGCAGGAGAAGCAGCCGGAGCUCCCAGAGCAGCAGGUGGGGCAGCUGAAGCACCUGGAGCAGCAGGAGGGGCAGCCUAAGCAUCUGGAGCAGCAGAAGGGGCAACUGGAGCACCUGGAGGAGCAGGAGGGGCAGCUGAAGCACCUGGAGCAGCAGGAGGGGCAGCUGGAGCACCUGGAGCACCAGGAAGGGCAGCUGGGGCUCCCAGAGCAGCAGGUGCAGCAGCUGAAGCAGCUAGAGAAGGAGGAGGGGCAGCCAAAGCACCUGGAGGAGGAGGAGGGGCAGUUGAAGCACCUGGUGCAGCAGGAGGGGCAGCUGGAGCACCUGGUGCAGCAGGAGGGUCAGCUGGAGCAUCUGGUGCAGCAGGAGGGGCAGCUGGAGCAGCAGGAGGGGCAGGUGGAGCACCUGGAGCAGCAGGUGGAGCACCUGGAGCAGUUGGGGCAGCUGAAGCACCUAGAGGAGCAGGAGGGGCAACUGAAGCAUCUGGAGCAGCAGCAGGGACAGUUGGGGGUCCAAGAGCAGGUGGGGCAGCCAAAGAACCUGGAGCAGGAGGAGAAGCAGCUGGAGCUCCCAGAGCAGCAAGAGGGCCAGCUGAAGCACCUGGAGAAGCAGGAGGCACAGCUGGAGCUCCCAGAGCAGCAGGUAGGACAGCCAAAGCACCCGGAGCAGCAGGAAAAGCAGCUAGAGCACCCAGAGCAGCAGGACGGACAACUAAAACAUCUGGAGCAGCAGGAGGGGCAGCUGAAGGACCUGGAGCAGCAGAAGGGGCAGCUGGAGCAGCCUGUGUUUGCCCCAGCUCCAGGCCAGGUCCAAGACAUUCAAUCAGCCCUGCCCACAAAGGGAGAAGUAUUGCUUCCCCUAGAGCACCAGCAGCAGAAGCAGGAGGUGCAGUGGCCACCCAAACAUAAAUAACCACCCGCAGUGUCCAGAGGCCCUCAGAUCAUCUCAUACAAGGGAAGAGAGAGCCACUGGCUCCACUUAUUUCAGAUCCGCUAGGUGGCCUGUCUCAUCUGUGAACUUGACUCUGUCCCUCUACAUGUCUCUUUAAUGGGGUGGGGGUGGGGGAGAGAGGGAAUUAUUGUCCAGUGCCACCCCCAAUGACCCCAGUCCCAACCUCAGGUGAGCAGAGCCUCUACUUAAGGGACUAUUGUUACUAUAGGAAUCCUUACUUCCCCAGUAUUGAAGCUGAAUCAGUGAGUGUGUACAAUGAUACAUAAUAAAUCCUGGAAGUCUUGGG